UCUGCUCUUUUGGUCCUUUGAGAAGGAAUAGAACCCAGAGCCCAUCCAGACAGGCCCUAUACCCCAGGAUCUGAUCCCAGGUUUUCCGUUUAUCUCAGUAUGGAAAACCUGGGAUCAGAUCCUGGGAUAUAGGGCCUGUCUCGAAGGGCCUCCAGUUUGUCUCCCAAUGUGAUUGGACUGCAGCACCCAUCAUCUCAAGAUCCAGUGAGGUCCAGGGCUUGGACUACAUCCCCCAGAACCCCCUUGUGUGAUUAGGCAAAAAUGGAGAAGGGCACUUCCUGUGGGACAAGUGAAUGUGUUCAAGGGCCGCCGAGUUCUUUGACGAGGGAGGUUAAGAAGACACGUUUCCCGGAGCACAUCUAUCGGCCCAAAAGCUCUCCCUCCAAAUCUGAAACCUCUUCCCCAGUGGAAGUUACGGGCCCAGAGCCGACCUCCCACUUGCCCUAUGUUCCUGUCAUUUCGUACCGGGCCAAAAGGCUGAACCAGAGGCUGCCCAUGAAAGCCCAGGGGCCUGGUCGAACAAGACUGGUCACGGUGGAGACCAAGAAGAUCAUGUCGGUCUUGGACGAGGCCAUCCUGCGGGCCGAGCUCGUCACCACCUUCCCAUACCUGAUGCAGCACUUGGAAGCAGCGAGUAUGGUGCUGGGCCCCGAACUGACAGGGGCGUUGAAAGAACACCUGAGGCUUUCCAACAUCCUGACUGCCACACGCUCCCGCCUCGAUGGAACGGGCCCCCUGCACAAGGACACACACAAAAGGAAGACUGGUGCCGCCAAAGACCCAACAGGCCACCUGCCUUUGGUCACCUACGGUCUGCAGGGCUCCGUCCGCAAUAUUUUGCGCCUCUUCGACACCAACUCCGAGACUGGCCAGAUCAUACGAAGCUUUGCCCGCCGGAAGCGCCUCAGCGCCAAUCUCUUCCUCAAGAGCUUGGUCGAGUUCCGCAUGUUCUUUCUCGAGAGGCUGCUGACUACUCCCUUGGAGGACAAAGAAUGGAAGGAGCUGAAGGAGGAACUGAGCGAGCAGGACAAAAAAAACAAGGAGCUGAUCGCCUGGUUGGAGGAAGAAGUAACUGCCGCAGUCCUGGAUCGGGAUGAGGAGCUCUCCAGGAAGGAUGUGAUCAUCAAGGAGCUCAAGAGCCAGCUGCACAACCUGGCCAACUGUGCCGACAGCCAGAUCCAACGCACCCGGGCUGAAGCUGAGGAGCAGCAGAAGGAGGCGCAGCAGGGGGCGCAUGCCAAGUGCCUCAAGUUGCAACAGGAGCUGAACCAGCUACGGGCCCAGUUCAACGCCCUCAUCGCAGAGAACCAAGAUGCUGAGAAGGCGAUCCGGAAGAAGAAAUUCAAAGUGGAGAUGGAAAUUGAGAACUGGGUCCAGAAGUAUGAUGUCGAGAUGGUGGAAAAACAGAAAGAGAUUGAAGAAAUCGACGUGGUUUACUCGGUGGUGAAGGAACACCUGGCUGACCUGCGGGAGAAGCUCCGCCUCCUGGACCAAGAGCACGCCCAGAUCAAGGAGGAGCGGAAGAUGAAGCUGGAGCAGAAGGAGAAGUCGGACCAGGAGAUGGCUGUCCUGGUCCGGGCCGCCACCAUCAUCCAGGCCUUCUGGAAGGGCUACCAGGUGAGAUCCAUACUGCGCACUCGGCGGAAGAAGAAGAAGGGCAAAGGGAAGAAGCCCACCAAGAAGUGAGCCUCGGCCCCGUCCCACCUUUUGUACCCCAGAUGGUUAUGGAGAGAAAAAGAUGGUACCCUUUGUCAAGGUGCGUCUUCCUUAAUAAAAGCAGUCUUCCGAGAA